CAGCAGCAGGAAGGGCAGAAGAUGGCGACUCCCUCAGAUAGCGAUCUCGUUCAGCUCAUUGACUAUGACGGAGAGAUGACUGCUGAUCUUGAACGGUGGAUGCAAGAUCAGGGUUUGGCAGAUGUGGGCUUCAACUACAACGUCAUAACCAUUCUUGGCUCACAGAGCAGCGGGAAAAGUACGCUCAUGAAUGCGUUGUUUGGCUGCAAUUUCCAAGUGAUGGACGCGCUGAAAGGUUACAGCCAGACCACAAAGGGGCUUUGGAUAGGCCGUGAUCAUCUUGGCAGGAAUAUUGGCAUCGGCGACGAAGCGGGGAAAGACACUAGUUCGAGUCUGGACCGCCCUGUAUUGUUGCUAGAUGUCGAGGGUUUAGAUUCCCGUGAACGAGGAGAGCGGCGACAAACUUAUGAGAACUUCUUUUCGCUCUUCGCCUUGGCCCUUGCGGACUGCCUGUUGGUGAACAUCAGCUGUGCAGCUCUCGGUUGUCAUACGGGAUCGGGGUUUGGCCUCCUUAAAACUGUCAUGGAGGCAAAUCUAGAGCUUUUCAUGCACCAAGAUGACGCUCCCAAGACGAUUCUGCUCUUUGUUGUUCGCGAUUGGGCGCCGUCUAUAGUGCCUGAGGACGUCAUGAGAGAAAAAAUCGAGAAGGACUAUGUCAACAAAAUUUGGGCAGAAAUCCAAAAGCCGGAUUCUGUUGCAGACUCCUCCGCUGCAGAUUUUUUCACGGUGGAGGUUUUCGGUCUUGCCCACAAGUUGCUGGCCCCUGCUGAAUUCGAAAAGGGCGUAUGCAGCCUACGAGAGAGAUGGGCAGAAGCUUUCAGCCCCAAGUCGUACACGCGCAAGAUUCCAGCAGAUGGUUUCGGCGCCUAUGCGAGGAGCAUCUGGGAGACGAUAAAGCAACAGUCGCAUCUGGAUAUUCCCAACCAGAAGGAGAUGCUUGCGAUUUACAGAUGCCAGGACCUGAAGCGAGAGGCCCUGCAGGCAGCGACUUCACGCGCUGCAGUACUUCAGCAGAACUACCCUAAGCCGACUGCGGCAAACGCAGCAGCGAUAUCGGGCAGCAUGGAAUCCAUUGCCAAGGAUGCACUGGCUCAGUACCUAUCGCAGGCUGCGCGAUACCAAGAGAAGAUCUGUACCAGCGUGAAGGCGGAGCUAAUUGACGCCAUCGCUGUUGUCCUCAAGCCCAUGGUAGAUGCUCAGCUCACAGAGGCUCGAGAGACCAUUGCAAGGAGGCAUAAAGACGCACUCAGAGAGGCCUACACCAAGGACGCGCGCGACACCGCAGUCUCGGCACGGGGGGAGUCCAUGCUGGAGGCAUGGGCGGCUUUCAACAAGAGGAGCGCCGCAGCAGUGGCCGCUGCAGCAGCGGAUUUUCUCGCAUUUAGCGAGGAACGCAGCAUUCGAUUGGAAGGGGGCGAGCACCUCCAUUUCCCGAGUAACCUCAUCGCCGAUGCGCUCCAAGUGGAGAUGCAUCAGGAGGUAGAAGCCAUCCGUGAAACCCAGCAAAAAGCUCUCGAUGAGGCGAUUGCGGAGAAAUGCGCUGACAGUUUUACUGGCAUUGACGCUCACCUCACCACUCGAAAUUUUACACCCCAUAACUUCUGGGAGGCGUGCAGGGGGCGUGCUGCAACAAGCGCAACGUUGUGCGCUGCCCAGUUUGCCGCUGCUGGACGGGGGCUUGCUGCGGAUAUUCCGGAUGGAGAUGCAGCAGUAGCAGAGGCAGCGGCAGCGGAGUUCGCAAUUCGCUGCCGCCUGUUGGCUCUCUGGCAAUUGAGGAUCUGCCUUUCAAAACUGGUUGGUGGUCUCCAUGUCUAUAUCCUGGAGCGUUUCUCUUCGCUGUUUUCCUAUGAUGACGACGAUCACCCUCGGCGUUGGGAACUGGUUUCGGCCGAAAAGCUGCAGUCGCUAUUUCUAACUGCCAAGACCCAGGCACUUGCCCUUAUACCAACCCUUCGUGAGGUGCAACUCGAGCGUUUGAGUCUUACUACAGUGACGCUUGAGGCGCAUGAGGAGUCAGAAGAUAUGGCAGAGAGAGCGGUAGACACGGAUGGAGAGGAUGACAAAGACAGGAAACCCAUGCCUGCUGCCUACUACCGGCCACUGAUUGACCCUAUAUCGGCGCAAACCAUUCAGAGAAAAGCCGUUGCAGCGAUGCAGCAGCAGUGUCGGGAGGCUCAGCUAUUGCAACAGCGUUGCGGUAGCAGCGCAUCAUGGCGGUCUGUGCCUAUGUGGGGGUGGUUGUUGUUGGUGUGCCUUGGCUGGAACGAGAUAGCUAUGGUUUUUUCUUUCAUGACAAGAAACUGGCUAGCCCUACCGUUGCUGUUCAUGGCUUUACUCCUAGUAGCAGGGGUCUUCAUGAGUGGUCAGGUGGAAGUCGCGACACACGGAGCGAGGCACGCAGUGCAGCUCAUUCGGUUGCUGCUGCAGCCCUUUCUGCACGGACUUCUCAAGACGGUGACGGACAUGAUGGAUCCCAGUGGCCUUGCAGGACGGGGUGUUGUGCUGUCUCCUCGUGAAGGGGCCAGCGUAAAAGAGAGUUCUCAACAGACGCCUAAUGAAGUGGCGGCGCUCAAGGAGAGGGCUGCUAAGCAUAGCCACUCUUGA